AUGGCUGGUGGAAAGUUGUCGAAGCGUGUGAGGCUGCGUGCAAAGAACUCGCGAAAACAACAGGCUCAUCACGUGUCUGGUGAACACGCGCUGCCAUCGAGCGGCCUCUCCUCCUCUCCACCGCCGGCAACUCCGCCUACACACUCGCCAACGAAGGCGCAUCGUCAAGAGGCGCUGGACAUUCGUGACGCCCUGCGGCAGCGUCAGGGUCGUGCCAGACAUGCAGCAGCUAUGAAAGUGAAGGGGGCGAGUAGUAGCCGCACCACUCAGGGUAGCGGUGAUGCGAAGCGCAAGCUGACAAAGAAAGCGAAGAAGGACACGCCGUCAUCGCAGCGUACUGCGGGGCUACGGCGGGCGACGCUUCUAAAGCAGCGCCGACUCAUGUUACCGCAUAUGACCGCCGCGGAGGAGCGCAUGGCGAUGGCGCAGGAGGAGUUGAAUCUCUUCGAUAAGGUGCAGACGGUGCCGGCGUACGCUGCGGACCCCUUCGCUGCGGUCAUGCAGCACCUGUCCUCUACGAUGGAUGCACUGCAGCCACAGACGCCGGAUGUGGGCCCUGCCGAGCGCGCUGUUGGCGCAGGCCGCCGGCGCUGA